AUGGCUUCGUCCUUUUCCAUUCCGUCGUUCCGGCUGACACAACUUGCACAAGAUGCAUACGAGUUGCCUUUACAAACCUUCGCCAACACCCAUGAUGCGCAUCCAUCGAUAGGGCAUCUAUGCCUCCUCGUCUUCGAGGCUGUUCUUGAAGUAGUAUGUGUCAGUCUACCUGGCUACAUCGUUGCGCGACUCGGUCACUUCGAUGCCGAGAAGCAGAAAUUCUUGGCCAACCUCAAUGUUAUGCUAUUUACACCAUGCCUGAUCUUUACGAAACUUGCAUCCCAGCUUAACGCUGAGAAGCUUUCUGAUCUCGCCAUCAUUCCAAUCAUCUUCGUCGUCCAAACAUUCGUCUCAUGGGUCGUAUCCUACAUUGUCGCCAAGCUGUUCCGAUUCAACAGACGGGCGUCCAACUUCGUCACAGCUAUGGGUGUUUUUGGAAACUCGAACUCCCUGCCUAUCUCCCUUGUUCUGUCGCUCUCUCAAACUCUGAAGGGGCUGCAUUGGGACAAGAUCCCUGGCGAUAACGACGAUGAGGUUGGUGCGCGAGGUAUUCUUUACCUCCUCAUCUUCCAGCAACUUGGUCAGCUUGUUCGUUGGAGUUGGGGAUACCACGUUCUCCUUGCUCCUAAGGACUCAUACCCCGAGUAUCGCGAGGAGAUUGCAGAGGAAGGACAACGUUACCGAGAUGAGGAACACGAUGAGCACGAGACUGCAGCCUUGAUUGAGGGUCUUGAUGGAGAGACGGAAGAUGAGGGUGACCACCACAGCAUCGAUUCGCAGAACUAUGAUCCUGCUGGCCGUACUCCUAUCGCGAGCGCCUCCAGGGUGUCACUUGCAGUUUCUAGCGAUGACGACCUCCCCAAGAAAAACAACUCAAAGAACCACCAAGGACAUCCGGAAAUUGUUGCACCUCUCAAUGGCAACCAUGGUAGCAUGGACUCUUUUCCCCCUGUCCCAUCACUGGAAGACGAUGAAGAGCCAUCUGGCGUUGCGGAACGUACCAAGUCUGCGAUCAAGUCACCCUUUAUCCGUAUCCAAAAGGCAACUUCCAAGACCCUCACCAACUGGUAUCAGAAGUCUCCUGCUACUGUCAAGUCUUUCUUGAAGUUCACCAAGCGUGUGGGUGGAAAGGUCAACAACUUCAUCUGGGAGUUCAUGAACCCUCCCCUGUGGGCUAUGCUGAUCGCCGUCCUUGUUGCCUCUAUCCCAGACCUCCAGCGACUGUUCUUCGAGGAGGGCUCUUUUGUCCAGAACAGUGUGACCAACGCCGUUCGCUCCAGUGGAAAUGUUGCUGUGCCAUUGAUUCUUGUCGUACUUGGCGCUAACCUUGCUCGCAACACUAUGGCAAAGGAUGAGGCUUUGGACCCUGAGGAAGAGCGCAUGGGAACUAAGCUCCUGGUUGCCUCGCUGCUUUGCCGUAUGGUUCUACCCACAGCCAUCAUGGCCCCCAUGCUUGCGCUUAUGGCCAAAUAUGUGAACGUCAGCAUUCUUGACGAUCCCAUCUUCGUUAUCGUCUGCUUCUUGCUCACUGGAGCCCCCAGUGCCCUUCAGCUUGCUCAAAUCUGCCAAAUUAACGGCGUCUUUGAGAAGACCAUGGGCAGAAUCUUGUUCCAAAGUUAUGUUAUCUGGAUCCUCCCCUCUACUCUCAUUUUGGUGAUGAUGGCCCUUGAAGUUGUCGAGUGGGCCAGGUAA